AGUUCUGAGGCCGCAGGAAUCGGCCGCAUGCCGUCAGAGACCAUUUGCUCAGAUACCAGCAUUGGCGAGCACUGGCAAGAUGUCUCGACUAUUCCUCCUUUCAAAAGCACUCUUUUUCCGAGGACUGCAGACUUUGGGGAGAUGGUGUGAUCACUACCUCUCUCCUCCGCGUCCACAGUCGGUCUCCUUCAGACGUCGCAUUCCAUCCACCGUUGGAGGAGUCCCGGGAUCCUUCGAUCUCCUGUUCUACACUCCUAAAUCUUAUAAGCGCUCUUUUAAUUUGUCUUCAAAGCCAUCCCCGAAGCAUCCCAUCCUCCUAAACUUUCAUGGAGGCGGUUUCACCAUCGGUCAUGCUGCCGACGAUGCCCGCUGGGCUACACAAGUCGUACGGAGCACUUCGGCCGUAGUCGUCAGCGUGAACUACAGGCUCGCGCCUGUCUAUCCGUACCCUACUGCUGUCGAGGAUGGCGUUUCCGCUUUGCUCUAUCUCUGGAAACACGCCGAAGAGCUGAAUCUCGACAUCUUCCGCACAGCAGUCUCGGGCUUCAGCUCGGGCGGGAAUCUUUGCUUCUCUGUCACGUAUCGGCUCUACGAAGAACUGCGCCGGCUGAAAAAUGAGGACAAGCUUGGAGAUGUUGAGAUCGGGAAAAUCAUGAGUGCCGUGGCUUUCUAUCCAACCGUUGACUGGACAAGAUCACGUGCAGAGCGCCGCGCCAGCAAUCCGAACCACAAAGGCAUAAACCUGCCGGGGUUCAAUAGUAUGGUCGAUCAGGGCUAUUUGCACCCACCGCCUGAUAUGCAUUCUCCGUACCUGAGUCCUGCACUUGCACCUGAUCAUAUGGUGAAGGAUGAGUUGCCGGAUAAGUUGGUUGUUAUGACGUGCUGGGCAGAUGCCUUGUUAGCCGAAGGCGAAAGAUUCCGGGCGAGAUUAAAAGAGAUGGGGAAACGAGUCGAUGGUUAUGUAAUUGAGGGCGCGAUACAUGGAUGGGACAAGUUUCCUACCUUCUGGAGGGGAAACAAGGAGAGGGAUAAAGCAUACAAAUCGGCGGCCGAGAGUCUGCGGGAGUUCUGGGGAGAGGCAAAUGAUGGGAAUCAAUCCCCUCGCUGAUAUCAUAUAACCAGAUUUUGUAAUCUAGCGAUGAGAGGAUGAACUGUCUAUUAGAUUUGGCAGUCAUCUCUGCCUGAGAGAAU